AACAUUUUAGUCCAAUCAAUUAUCAAUUUGCUCACCUGGUCCCACUUGUUUCCUCUAGGGCUGCUGCGUAUCUAGCGUAUCGCGAGUACGAAAAUACAAACCCCACUGUCUAGGGUUUCUCUAGCCCACAACUGAAUUUCCUCAAGACCACUUUCUCAACUUUCACCCUCCUAUUUGCAAGCGCUGCUCACGAGGCUCACAACAUCUUACGCAAAAAGUCUCCUCAGGAUUUUUAUUGGCAAACUCGUGAGACUUUACAUUUGAGCGAAGAUGCCUCCCAAGAUUGAUCCCAAUGAGCCACCUUCGAGCGACCGGUGGAGAGGUCGGUGCCUCAUCGGCGCUUGCCCCCAAGAUUGGUCCUCUCGGUCUGUCGCCCAAGAAGGUCGGAGAAGACAUUGCCAAGGCUACUGGCGACUGGGCCUACGAGUCACUGUGAAGCUCACAAUCCAGAACCGUCAAGCCGCCGUCUCCGUCGUUCCCACAGCAUCCUCCCUCAUCAUCAAGGCAUUGAAGGAGCCGCCCCGUGACAGGAAGAAGGAGAAGAAUAUCAAGCACUCGAAGAGCGUACCUCUCGAAGACAUCAUCGAGAUCGCCCGAACAAUGCGAUUCAAGUCUUUCUCCAAGGACCUGAAGGGAUCCGUCAAAGAGAUCCUAGGAACAGCAUUCAGUGUAGGCUGCCAAGUGGAUGGACGAAGCCCCAAGGAUAUCAGCGACGACAUCGAGAGUGGCGAGAUAGACAUUCCGGAAGAAUAAAUAUGGACUGGGUGGGCUGAAAAUGGGCUUCUUUUUUUUCGAUGCAUAUUUCGACAGGAGUUCAGGAAUGGCUUGCGAUAGUCGUCGCCGACACACUCUGAAUUGAGACGAAUGAAAUAAACCUCGUUGUUUUCGUGAUAUGUAUCUCAUAUCCCCCGAAUACCCUCGUUACACCCUUGCCUACA